AUGCCCAGAGGGGUGAAGGGGAGGAAGAAGGCGGCAGGCGUGGGAGCGGGAGAGGCAGCAGACUUGCUAAAUGCCAUCCACCAGCAUGGGCUUGAAGAGCAGGAAAUUCUGCGUGUACUUCAGGUGGAGCAGGCGCCAUGUGAUCAUGCCAGAAGCCCCUGCCGUGUCAGCCGGAAGGAUAAUGUGACAUGCUUCUGCCAGCUGGUGCCAGCGGGGACCUCCUUUCGAAAGAAAGGCCUCUGGCAAAAGGAGCAAGCACAUCUGGGUACCUUGGGACGAGAUCCUGUGGAAGAAAAGCGGGAGGACCCCAGGAAGCCAACUGGCUUACGCAACUUGGGCAAUACCUGCUACGCGAACGCAGCGCUCCAGUGCCUUUUCUCCAUCCCCAGCCUCCGCAACGGCAUCUUCAAUGCCGAGCCCAAGGUUGCGGCGCACGACAUCUUCCGCCAGCUGCAGUCUCUCUUCCUGCAAAUGCAGUUUGGGCCCCGCAGCAGUGUGGACACAGAGGCUUUGGCAAAGACGCUGGGCCUCAACCAUGCGAUCCAGCAGGAUGGCCAAGAGUUUCUAAAGCUGCUGCUGACCCGCGUGGAGCAGAUGCUCAGCAAGUCGAGCGACCAGGCUUCCCGGUGUCUGGUGCAGCGGCUCUUUCGGGGAGGGUUGUCCUACGUCACCACAUGUCAGCGCUGCGGCCGUGACUCUGCCAGCUCGCGGGAGGUGCAGGACUUCUACGACCUGAUGCCGCAAGUGCGGGGCUUCGCGUCUCUUACGGAGAGCCUGGCCGCAAUCCUGCAUGCGGAGUCCUUGACGGGCGACAACCGCUACCGCUGCGAGUUCUGUUCCGACAAGGUGGACGCGCUGCGGCACGUGCGGCUUCGGAGCCUGCCGCCGUACCUGUGCCUGGCGCUGCAGCGCUUCUACUUUGACCCGCGAACUGCUGACAAGGCCAAGGCACUGGACAAGUUCGGCUUCCCUCUGCAGCUAGAUUUCCGGCAAGUGCUGGCGGCAGCGGCAACGGGCAACUCGGAGGGGUCUCCCGCCGCCGCGGGCAACCCCGCCGCUGCCGCUGCUGCCACGGCGGCGGCGGCGCUUGAGGUGCCGCAGUACGCCGCCGGCACCCCGUUGUACGAGCUGGUCGGCAUCCUGAUCCACAAGGGCUCCCAGGCCAGCAGCGGGCAUUACGUCGCGCACAUUAAGGACCAGGUGACGGGCCAGUGGUGGCGAUUCGACGACGACAGCGCCGACUGCAUAGGCUACAACCCCACAGCCGCAUUCCAGGCGGAUCACGGAACCGGGGCCGCCGGGGCCGCAUCUGCGGCUGCUGCAGGAUCGGACGCCGGCGGAAAGGUAACUGCAGGCGCCUCUCGCAAGCGUUCUGCGGUUGGAGACCCCCGGGAGGAUCCCGACUACGACCAAGACAGGGAGCUGCGCGAGCAGCAGCAGCACCCCUACGGCGACGGUGAUGGUGACGGUGAUGGUGAUGGUGAGUCCGGGCCCCAGGGGGCGAAAGGGGGCCGGGGCAGGAAGGCGACGGCCGCCGCGCGGGCGGGUCGGUCCCGAGGGACCCGUGGUGCGAAGCGUGCAGCUGGUCCCGGCCGGGGCCGCGGCCGCGGCCGCGGGCGGGCUGCCGCCACCGCCACCGCCACCAUGGAUGACUCCGACAGCAGCGAAGGCGAGAUGGCGCGUGCCAUGGCGGCUUCGCUGGCGAUGCAAAACGGAAGCGCCAUGGACGGCUCCGCAACAGCGGCGAAUGACGAGGAAGAGAAUGUACGGCGUGCGCUGGCGGCCAGCUUGAAGGAGGCCCGCACGGGCAGUGCUGGUGCUGCUGGUGAUGGUGGUGAUGUGAUGGUGGUGCUGGCGGAGAGCGUACGGCUUCAGGCUGUAGCCGCUGUCCCCAGCAGCCCCGCAUGUGAUGGAGUCCGCGCAAAACCUACCGAUUUGGGCCCCGGUCGCAUGAGUAUGUCUCCAUCUCCUGCAGCAGGAGGACAAGCAGCAGCAGCAGCAGCAGGUAUCGCGGUUGGUGGAGAGGUGUUCGGGACGGCGGUGCACCUCGGUGCUCAGGCGCUAUGGGCCGCCAUGGACGGCGGCGAGGGGGCCCCCCCCGGCGGCAAGGGGUUCCCCGCCGCAGCUGCCGGACUGACAGCCGACGGCUGCUCAGAGGGCGGCGGCCCGGCGGCCCAGCACCCGACGGGACCUGGCCAGGUGGUGGUGUCCGCCAAUGCCUACAUGCUGGUGUACCGGGCGGUGGACUUGGUCGAGCCGGCCGUGGUUUCGGAGACGUCCGCGCUGCCGGAGGACCUGCGGCGCACCGUGGCCGCCACGGCUGCGGAGUUUGCGGAGCGGUGCGAGGCGUACCAGCGGCAGCGGCAGGCGCUCAAGGAACAGGGUACCCUGGGUUACUGGGUGCCCUCCGCGUGGCUGGAGCAAUGGGCAAAUGACGAGGGCUCUCCGUCGCCGAUUGACAACAGCGCCAUUAUUGCCAGCUCCAGUCUGGAAGCUUCCGGAAAGCGAGGGGAGGGAAAGGCCCGCCAUGCAGUUUUGUUCCCUGCUAUCGCCGCAGCGCACGGCGGGGGCCCUCCACUGGCGGCCGGUGACGUGUGCCGCGAGUGCCUGGCCAACAACUUCAACGCCACUCUGUUGGGCAGCCAGGCCAACAAAGUACGGUCCCGUGUGGCCGCCAUCUUGGAAGAGGCGGCGGCGGCGGCGGCGGCGGGGGGGGGGGAAGAGGCUGUGGACGAUGAGGUGGAGUGCAUGGGCGAGAAAGAGGCUGGUGGAGGGUCGUUCGCGGCGACGGCAGCGGCCGGUCGUCGAUUCUGGGUGUCGAAGAUGUGGCUGCAAGGGUGGUCCAAGCGCCAGGGCGCCUCCGUCAAGGCCGAGAAGUCGCCCACCGCGGACCUAGCGUGUCCCCACGGCCAGCUGCUGCCCGCCGCCAUCGUCAAGUCGGCUCGCCGCGUCGCUGUGCCCGGAGAUGUCUGGUGCUUCCUACGGGACUUGUGGCGUCAGCAGCGGGUGCGAGAGGCGCAGGAGGCGGCGGAGGCCCGCACCUCGGCCGCUGCCAAAACCGGCCGCCGGGCGGCAAGCUGCGGCGGCGGCGGUGGCGGCAGCAGCGCGGCGCCAGAAGCCGCGGACUGCCUGGACCUGACGGGCGAUGAUCUGGGGCCUGGUGCUGGCGGCGACGCCGCCGUCGCUGCCGGGAAGCCGGUGGCCAGCAGCAACGGCAAUGGCGACAGCGACGAUGACGGCAGCGUGGUGGAGGUCAUGGAGCGGUCGGCGGGGGGUGGCCGGGGGGAUGAGGCAGAGGAUGCGCCGGAAGCUGCCGCCGGCGCUGUCCCCACCGUGCAGGAGCUCGACGCUCUGUGCCCCGAGCUACAGGUCGGCCGGGUACACGAGUGUCUCAUGUGCCGUACUGCGGCGGGGCAGGCGGCGGAGGCUCACGCGGACACUCGGCGACAGGUGGAUGCGGAGAGGGCGGCGCUUGGGGGCUUGGCUGGGGAGGUGGUGCCCACUCUGGAGCCUGGCGGGCGGUAUUACUUGGUGCCCAGGCUAUGCCAGCAGGAGCCUGAACAGGACGCUUUACGAGUUAUCCAGUCGGACGACUGGCGGCAGCUCUGCAGACUGUACGGCGCUACGGACGCCACGAUCUGGCGGUCCCGGCCUGCAGGCCCGGCUGCCGUGGUGGCGGACGAUGAUGGCAUCCGCAGCCGUACACCGCUGCGGAAGGGUGUCCCCGGCGCAAAUGGCGUCAACGCCGUCGGCCACGGCCACGAUCGCAUCAACCUGGUUGAUGGCGACGUCGACGAUAAGGGCGCUUUUGGCGUCCAGGGCGGCGGUGACGGCGAUGACGACGCCGUCAUGGUCGCUGUUGGAAGUCCAAGAAGCACUGCCGGCGGAGCCGUCACUGCUAAGGCUGAUGCCGUCGACGCCGUCGACGGCUCGGUGCGCUUGGCCGCCGUACACCACGGCUUUACCGCGGAGGUGGUCCUGCUCCCGCCGUCGGCAGCGGCAGUCGAUGUCGGCGAUGCCGAUUCCGUCGACCUUUCGCCGCCAGCGUCGGUGCAGCGCGAUCGCAACGCGCAAAGAGAUCAGCCCUGUCUGGUUCCGGAGCUGCGCGUUUGGCCGCCCGUGUGUCCGCAGGCGCUAGCGGAACACAACCGUGCGGCACGGGAGGCCCUGUUGUCGUACCAGGAGGCCGAAAUUAUGGUCGAGCUGGUUCCGGCGGAUGAGCUUGAAGGAGCGUUCCGGGCCACCAUCCAAGCUCCCGAGCGCAAGUCCCGGAGGAGCCGCAAGGGGCGCCUGGCACUGACGGUCAGCAACACCACUACGUUACAGCAGCUGAGGUUGCGGGUGUUCGAGCAGCUGUCCAUACACCCGCGCAACCAGUCGCUGUACGUGCGCGGCGAGGGGGGCUGUCCACGUCUGCUGGAGGGCGACGACCUGAGUCUAGCCCAGCACGAGGUACUCCCCGGAGAGGAGGUACGGGUGGUGCGGCGCAAUGUGGUGCAUGACGAUGACGACGACGACGAUGUGGUGAAGCUGCUGGGGGAGGUGGAUGGUGGCCCCAGUGGCAAGAAGCGUCAAGUGGAGGAGGGCUUCAAGAACACCGCCUUGCACGGCGACCUGCCGCCGCACCAGCACCAGCACCAGCACCCGCACCAAGAGCAGCAGCACGGAGGUGGGCCACAAACACACGCGGCCGCGACACGAACACAAACCCAAGGACACAGGGUGUGGCCCGAGAACUACGGCAUGAAGGCCGCAUACCGCGAGCCUUCCCCGACCAAGGCUCGUGCCGUGUGGUACUACGAUAUCACACCAGAGCACAGCUUCUGGCGGCCGCCUAGUAACCAGAGGGAAAUGGGAAUGGGGGUGGGAAUGUCGGUGGUGGGGGUGGGGGUGAUGAUGGUCGCAGUGGGCGCGCUGAGCCACUUGCGGGGCCCUGAGGGACGACAAUCACGCUUGGUGUGCCCGGCCAUCAAGCACCCCGUUGGAGCGGUUGGUACAGGCGGCAGUAGCCUGUUCACGGCGGUUGGGACGAGCAAGAAUGACCCCAUAACUGCAGAUAACAGCAAUAACAACAACAAGCAAACUGCUUCCAAACAUGUUGCAUUAGUAGGUUCUGAACUAAUCGCAAAGCUGCUACAAGAGCAUUUCAAAGAGUACGACUACGACGGGUGGGAGGGCCGAUCUGAGGUUCCACUUGGUGGGGUGGUGGCUGCUCUGGUUCGCAUUGGCGCGGCCGCUUUGUCCGGCAGGGCUGGCGGUGGCUCUGCUGCCGCUGUGGCUGUUGGCCUCCCUCUGGUCGUACAUAUGUACAUGGAAAUACCACCACCACCACCACCACCACCACCACCUACCACCCCGGGAGCGGUAGAACCAGCUCGCGCACUGCUUUUGAAGAACUGUAUUCGAUCGCCACUGUAUCGAGCAGCAGUGAGGUUUCCUCCCCAAGCCCUUUAUGCGAGUGAGUGUGGUUUUCCGCAGCUCGAGCACCAUUACCCCAAGUUUAUAACCACUUCCGUCUCCGGCAGCGAUCGCCUGGCACCGGCAAAGCUCUUUGGCGAAACAACCUCCACCACCCCGGGCGGCAGCCGCAGCCGCAGUGACGGCAGCGCUGCCGCCUUCAACCGCCUCGAUCGCAAACAUUCCCAUAAACUCAUCCUCGAGUCCCUCCCCCCCGCCGCCAACACCGCCAUCAGCCCGCUUGACUCCUCUGAAGCAGACGCGCUGUUCUGGCUCCCACAAGCCCCACACGGCACGGCACAGGGCCCCUGCCACACCCCCACCCCCACCUCCACCCCCGGCCCCGCCAUCAUCCCCCCCGGCGCCAGCUCCCCAAUGAAGCCAGCUCCCCACACAGGCACCUGCUGCUCUUGCCGAGGCUGUAACGCCAACCAGGGCAUUCUUAAAGGGAGGAAGGCGGGGGCGGAGGAUGGCGACGAUGAGGUGGAGCUCCGCCUCCGCCUCAUUGCGGAUCUCCUGUCCCAGCUGGUCUCGGAGACGCGGGAGGAGGGCCGCGAAGUGGACCCGCGGGUGGCCAGGGCGAUGAAUCUAGCGACCUCGCAGACCGUACAACUACCACCACAACCGUUACAACCAUUUCUGGAGCCCUUAUCGGGGCCGUUAUUAGGUUCGGAGCCGCCGCCGGGCCCAGAGCCCACGUCGAUGCGGUUGACGCCGGGUUCGGAGCCGGAGCAGCCGCCGCCGUCGCCGGCGGCGGUAGCAGGUGCUGUUGUUGGCGGCGGUUGUGGGGGUUGUGGAGCAAAGAGGGUUUCGGAGCUGGCCAGGUCCGCGGCGGAGGUAACGAGGACGGCGGCUGUAGCUCUGAGGCGCAGUUUGCACCAACUUAAGGAGGCUGCGGCUGUAGCCACGUUAGCGGCUACUGCCGCUACCGCCGGUUCUGCUGCUGCUACAGCUGUAACGUCCUCCCGCUUGCCUGGCCAAGGUCGCAGUCAACUAAUCAUCGAACGAGGCGCCUACCCGGGCGGUACGGCAGUGCCUGCAUCAACACCGCCAUCAAAAUCAGCAGCAGCGUCAGUGUCGGCAUUAGCACUGCCGUUAAUGCCACCGCCGUCGGUGGCCCUCCGUCGGGUUGGCUCUGCACCGUCACAGCAUCAGCAGCUGCUGCAGCUCGAGCAGCGGCGACAAGCCGAGCUGGCAGCACAGUGCGCCCGGCUACAGCGCCAGUGCGACGGUUUAUUGUCGUACAUUUCCUUGCUCAGCGGGAGCGCCUGUGCCGCCGCCGCCGCCGCUCCUGGUGCGGGGCCGCGGGAGCGGGCUGCUGGUGUCCAGGUGCUGCUGCCGGCGGCGGCAGUGACAGGGCCGCCACCGCCGCCGCCACCGCAAUGUGCGGAUGAUAGGCGGCACGGUAGGCUGCUGCGACUUGUGGCGGCGGUGGAGGAGCAGACAGGAGCCGCCGCCACCGUCGAUGGCGCCGCCGAUGCUGCUGCGGCUACGGUACCGCCCGUGCCCCGAUCCGUACUUGACGGCCUGCGAGGCGUUCUGCAACAACUUAGGGAUGGCGGCGGCGACGACAACGGCAGCGGCGCGGCCGGUGCUGACGUCGGCAGCGCCGGCAACGGCGUGUCUCUGCUUCCGUUGCCGCCGUCGCCGCAACCGGGCGUUAGGGCGCCGCGCCCGGAGUCCAGCAGUCCACUUGCUAAUGCGGACGGAAAUCGCGCGGCGUCCGCGGAUCAAUUAUUGUUUGGCGGCGGCGGCGGCAGUAGCAGCUACGAUGCAGCUCCCGUGGCGGAGCUACGGCACGGUGGCGGCGUCUUCGCCUCGGCAGUUGCCGCCGCCGCCGCCGCUACAGCCCUGGAAGACUGCGCCCUUCAGUUUGCGCAUUUGGAGAUUGUGUCGCUAACUACGCAGCUGGGGGCGCUAAGUCACCAGCGUGAGGGUCUGCGGGCUCGCGCCAGUGAGCACGACGCGGCUCUACAGCUCCUGGCCAUUAACGAAGGGGAGGCCCUGCUGGAGGCCCAGCGACUGAGGCGCCAGCUGGCUUCGGAGCGGGCGGCUCGGAUCCGACUGAGUGCGCAGUGCGACGACCUUCGGAACAUGGUUUUGUCGGGUCUCCCGUACCUGACCGGGCAGUCCCCCCUUGGGCCACUGCCGCACGGCGUCUCCUUUGAUGGCUGGACCAGCAUUAGCGACGCGGAACGAUACCUGCGUGAGCAGAACCCCUACCCCCGUGCACUCGCUUCUGUGGACGAGCUGGAGGGUGGGCCGUACACCGGGCGCAAGGCAGUGGUAGUGGGUGCGGGUCCAGCGGGCUCGGUGGCGGCCAUGUUCCUGGCCCGACAGGGCUUCCGAGUGGACGUGUACGAGCGUCGUCCCGAGCCCCGCAACGACCCGGUCGACACAGGUCGUGCCUACAUCAUCAUUCUGAUCCCCCGGGGUCAGGCGGCGCUCAAUGAGUUGGGCAUCAAGCUGCCGGCUGACGAGCACUUCAAAACCCUGGGCACCGUCAGCCACAACGUGAAGGGCAAGGUCCGGAUAACGUUCCUGACAACUGGCGGUAUGAUGGCCCCCUCAAGGGAGGUGUCGUACGACCUGCUGGUGGGCGCGGAUGGCGUGGGGUCGCAGGUUCGAUCCGCGUUGUCGUCACAUUGGUCGGAUUUCAGUUUGGAGAUUGACGACAGUGGUCGGGAGUACAAGGUGUACAUGGGGCUGAAGGGAGACAUCGAGCCGGAGGAGUUCAAGGGCCGUACGGGCGCCUCUCUGCACCUGUACACCUCGGACGACCCCUUCACCUCCUUCACCGCACACUCCAAUCCGGACGGCACCUACAGUGGCACCUUCUCCGUACAGACCGGCGGCUUCAAGUCUCUCGGCCAGCAGCCUGCCGACUACGAGGCCUUCCUCAAGUCUAAGUUCCGCGGCAUCCCGGACGCCUGGCGGGCACCCGCGGCCGCACAGCUGGCAGCCAACCCGCCCAGCCCCGCGGGGAAGCGUGUGCGGGUUAGCCACCUGUACGGCCCUGGUUGUGUGCUGCUGGGGGAUGCGGCGCAUGCGGUCACGCCGGUUUUUGGCCAGGGAGCUAACAGCGCCUUGGAGUCGUGUCUGGUGCUGAAUAAGGCCCUUACGGAGGCUUCUGGAGACCUGGACGCCGUGCCACGAAUCUUUAACGACAACCGACUGGCUGACGUACACAGCUUGUACGAACUGGAUAGAAAGGCGUACAGCUUCUUCCGCCGCAAGGGCCCCUUCGAUCCCGACUUCCUUCAAUUGUUGGCUCACGUGAUUUUGGGCACUCUGCUGUCCAAGAUUGUGCCGUUCUUGUACGGCCCCAAGCCCGCGCUGCUGCGCCUGGGCAGCGGCAUUCCGUACUCUCAGAUUACGGCUGCCGUACAGCGGGACGCCAAACUUGCCGUGGUGCUGGGUGUUGCGCUGCUUGUGGGGGCGGUGGUUACUCUGGUCGCCAAGGCUCUCAAGGUCAUCUAA